AUGCUACAGGAUGAUGAUGAUGAUUUAGUGAAAAGGAUUAAGACCUUAUUGCCACAAAGAAACGUAAGUUGGAAAUUAAUGGAUUAUUUCUGUUUAAAGGUCUAUCCUUUUUUUCCCUUGGUAGACGAACUUGAUUUUAGAAAACAGUUGAAAGAGAUUAUAGAAGAGAAAAAUUAUAUGGAUGAGGGGUUAAUACGGUUAACAAUUAAAAAUAACGUGGAUUUUGCAGUAAUUGGUCUUUUUUUAGUUUUUUUAAGAUUGACCUAUUUAGCGUUAACAUCAAGCCUUAUAAAGAAAGACAUAAGCGCUGAUUUGGAGAAAAACGUUUUGGUGUCUAAUGUCAUAGGAAUUGGCGUGUUCAGGGUAGCGCAAUGUUGCUUUAGCCACUUUAAUUAUAAUCAAUGUAAUGAUAUUCAAGUUUUGCAGUUAGCACUCUAUAUUAAAAUUUAUUAUACGUAUGCACCGGAAGAAGGUGAUGGAUUAGACAACAGGCAUUCGCGUACAUUGAAUCCAGCAAUUAUUCAGAUGACAUAUUCAUUAGGGUUCAGUAGAGACCCUAGCCAUUUAUGUUAUAAGUUCAGCAACCCUAGACUAAAUAAUUUGGGUAGAAAGAUUUGGCAUUUUGUUAGGUGCUUAGACAAUGAAAAUACGAUUCUAUUUGGAGAUCCAUUAGCAGCUAGUAUUAUUCCAUUCGAUACAAAGAUUCCUUAUUAUAGCCAAGGAAUUGAAAAUAGCACCAACCAAAACUUAGAGGGUGAUAUAAUUCAGGUAUUUACAAAUAUAAAAACGCACUUGGAGUUAUUAAAAACGGUUUUUGAUAUUUUCUUCAAUGAAGAAGGAAUAAACAUAAAUCGACUUUUAGAUUCUUUUUCUUGCCUAGAAUCAUAUUUACAGGAAGGAGAUAUAAUUUUGAAAGCUCAAUUGAAUGUUAAUGAUCUGGUAACAUUGGAAAAUAUGGUUAAAUUGAAAGGUAUGCUUGAUAUAAGGUUUUUAAUGUCAUCAAUAUAUUUCAAAAUGUUUAUUCAUUACGAGAAAAAAAAGAACGAUGGCUUGGUAUACUUUUAUGCGAAGAAACUUUUGAAAAUUUCUGUUAUAGAUAUAUUUCCAUAUUACCUGAAAAUCCUAAAAGACACCAAUGUCUUGGAUGAAUUCAGCUUGUUUUAUAUUAUUCCAAGUUUGAUACGUCUAUCGCAAAAGAUUAUUUCUUCUCUAUCGUUUAUUUUGAUACGUGUAAAAUAUUUCGAGUUCCAAAAUGAACAUAGCGGAGGGUAA